AUGAACAACUCAUCAUGCCUUCAGCCAUCACCAGCUACCAUCGUAGCUCUCCCCAUCCUCUACUCCUGCCUGUUUCCCGCUGGAAUCUUUGGGAACCUUCUGAGUGCCUGGAUAUUUUUAUGUAAAGUGCCCACCAGAAGGACUCAGUACAUUUACCUGGCCAACCUGGUGGCUGCAAAUCUGCUGGUUUGCAGCACCAUGCCCUUCCUGGCCGCCUACUUUGCCGAGGGGCACCGCUGGCCCUACGAGUCGGUGGCGUGCAGGAUCGCCCAUCACCUGGGGACGCUGGUGAUGCACGUCAGCAUGUACGUGACCAUCACCAUCCUGUGCUCUACUGCCCUCAGCCAGUAUGCCACCCUGAAGAAGAACUGUGGCCCACAACACUCCCCAGCUCUGCCAGGAACCCUCCACGGGCGCCUCCUGCACGAGUUCCGGCGGCCAAAGUUCGCUAAGUAUUUGUGUGCUGUUAUCUGGCUGAUUGUGCUGUGCAUUACAGUCACAGCCAUCACCUACAACGUCCAGGAGAGGGUUUCAGGAGAGUUCCCCACGUGCUACAACAUCAAGGUAGAAGCUGGUGAACGUCCUGCAAUGAUUGCAGCUUAUCUUGCCACUGUGUGCUUCUUUCUGGCUUUUAUGACCGUUUUGUGGUCGUACUAUUCUCUUACCAGACAUCUGAGCAGAAUACAAAAAAACACUUGCAUUGGAGAAAGACAUCUCAUUUACAGAACAGUGAAAAGAAACAUUCUUGUCAUCCAGAUGAUAUUAACUGUCUGUUUUCUUCCAUACCACAUUUUCAGGCCAAUUUUCUAUGGAUUUCUUUCAGAUAAUGACUGUCCAAGGUUAAAUUAUCUAGUGGAAAUUAAAAAUGUCCUUACUUGUCUUGCUGCUAGUAAAAGCAGCUUAGAUCCACUUAUAACCCUUCUGUUAGAUAAAACAUUUAAGAAAAGUUUUUAUGGCCUGUUUACAAAACCCACACCAGAACAUCAAAAACGUAAUGAUGAUAUUUUCACUGAAAUGGGAAGGAAUAUGGAAAGAUUUUAA